UUGAGGUUCAAGAUUUGCAAGCGCCGUUUUAAUAAAAAAUAACAAUUUUUUGAUAUUCACUUUUGAUUUAAAAAAUCGCGUCAAUGCUUAUUAACGGCUUGAUUUCAUAUUCAGUACGAUGUGAAGUUUUCUUGCUUAUGGAGGAACUGUCGCACCAGUAUUUUAGGUGAAAAAGUUGAAAUGUCACUCGAGGCCAACAUAGUUGAGCAGCUUCAGGAGCUUAGAAAGUGGCAGCAACAACAGCAGGAGGAGUUGAUGCGUAGGCAGAAAGAGCAAAUACAACAGCUUAGUUGCGAGCAGACUCGCGUGUACGAAGCUUUGAGCUCGAGCAUCGAUGAUGAACAGUCGCUGAAGGAAUUAAUUCAAAGCCACAAGAAGAAAAACGGAGUUGAGGAGGUGGUGGAGUCAAAUUUGAUUGAUCUUGACACUCCUGACGACGAAGACGACGAAAACGAGUGUAACGCAACUGAAAAAUCUCAAGAUUCAUCUCACAUAGAUUUGCUUCAUGACACAGAUUAUGAUGAGGAUUCUAUCUCUGAAACGCCAAGGGGACAGCUCGCUAUUGAAUGCAAUAAUGAUAGCUUAAUGCCUAGUAGAAGUUACAAUAGUUCGUUCAGUCUUUACACGAGUACCGAUUUAAUCCCAGAAGACAUGCGAUCGCUUUGUUCUAAUAAGUCCCAAAGGUCUAUCCUCAUUGAUGAUUUACCAGUGCCGUCUCCUAAAAAAGACUUCAGCACAUUGCUAGAGGAAAAAUUGAGGGAUUCCGAGGCUGUGAAAUUUGAUAAUGCAGCUAAGCCCGUAGUUAAGAGACCGUUUUUAAAGAAAGGACAAGGUCUUGCUAGGUUCAGGCCCAAACCAAAAAGUAAUGAUAAUAAGACAUGUCCAGCAAGAUCCAGAAGUGUCUCAUUUUCUUCUGCUACUCAGUCCAGUGCCUCCAAGUCUUCCAAGUCAGAAAAUAACGGAAGAUACAAUUCUGUGCCUAAAAUAAAAAAACAUGAUACAAAGACAAGUUUUCACUCAGCAAAUGUACAAAAAAACAUUUUAUCCUCGAAAUCUGGUGCUAGAAAAUCUAUUUCACCCUUGUUACCUCAAAAACUUAAUUUCAAAAAUGUUCCUCUACCUCAAAGAAAAGUUGACAAUAGAAUAAGCAAUGCUCAACAAUCACGGAAAGCCAUACUUGACAAAAAGAAGCCUCCAGUAAUUACACUUGAUGUUAGUAAUUCUGACCUUGAAGGUAAGACCAAAAAAGAAUUGGAGGAAGUCAGAAUAUUUGAACUGUUGGAAGAUAAAGCGGAAAACUCAAGUUUCUGCUCAACAUCAAGUACAGUUAUAGCUUUUAUGCAGCAGUCAACACCUUUGAAGCAAAAAGCUCUUUUACACAGUGCAACUAAACAUCAAAUUUCUCUUAACAAUGUAGGUGAUCAGACCCUUGAGGAAAUCGUUAGUAAUACCGAAUCCAAUAAUCUGGUGGCACCAAUGGUACAAAAUAACAACAAUGAUCAACAUAUUUCUCAAUGGGAAGUAAUGUCGAUGAUGAAAAAUAACAAAAGCGGCAACAAGACUGUGCUUCCUUACGGAACUGACAUUGAUAUGCAUUAUGAUAAAAAUUCUAAUCAAGAAUCAAAUCUGUUUCAGGAUCAAAAUAACGCAAGCCUUCACGUUAGGUUUGCUGAAUACAACGAGUACAAAACCUUGUCUGACUCAUCUAGUGUUUCGAGCGAGUCGGGCUCUGUUCGCGAUUAUAACACUCAUGGAGUGUGGUCGGAUCAUUCAGGAACUCCAGACACGUCAGACAUAGAAAGUAUACCACAAAAAUUAAAAGCCAUUGGUUUAUGUAACAAUGGCAAAGCUUGUAAUUCUUUUUCGUGCAUGGCUAAAGAAACGGAGGACAGCGAAUAUGAAGAUGAAGAGUCCCAAAACCCUUACAAUCAAGAAAAUGGUAAAGAAAGCAGAGAUUGCACUGAGGACGAUUACGAGGAUGAUGCAGAAUCAAAAAAUGACACAAUUACAAGUGUUGACACUGUUAUAGAAAAAGAUGAAGGUAAAUCGCUUUUUAAAUCAGAACUUGUGAGGAAGCGUCUUUUAGAGUUGGAACACGAGAUCGAAGUUUUUCGAAAGGAGAGUGCGGCACUUAUUAAUUUGAAACAAAAACUGCAAGAAGAACGCACACAGUUGCACGAGGAACGUAUCAAAAUGCAGAGAUUUAUGAAAGAGAAAGAGACAACAUUGGAAGCAGAAAAAAGAAGAACUGAGAGCAAUCUAAUGGAUGAAAAGAAGCGUUUAGCUCGGGAAAAAGCGGCGCUGGAGAACAGAAUGAAAGACGCGUAUGAAAAAGCGCUAAAAUGCAAGCAGGAACGCCAUGAAAUUCAAGUAUUACGUGAACAAGUGGAAGAACUGAGGGAAGAAUCUGAACAGAAAGAGAGCAAAUGGUCGGCCAUGGCUGCACGUCAACGCUGUCAGAUCCGCGUAUUACAGUCUGAAAACGCUAAACUCAAGCAGGAAAUAGAGCAGCUUCUUCAAAAACAGAAGGAAAGGCUGAAGAGAGCCGUAAAUUCGAACACAAGAGCUAUUCAUCAAAUCGGCAAGUCCUUGGCUGACCGUAAAAAAGUCUCGCCAGAUAAAAAUGAAGAACCCAGUCAAGAGGACAAAUCAAAAAAGGCACCUCACGCCACCAAUGUAAAUUACGAUUUGGAUUUGGAUAUUAUGGAAGAAAAGCCACGGGAAGUGAAAAAAGUGAAAAUUCCAAAAACAUUAGAAAGCAUCGCGCGAACACGAAAUUUGUAUGAAAUGUUGUUACGGGAUGCGACCGAAGAUUUUAGAGAAAUUCAAAUUGGCGAAAAACCCUUUCUUAACCAGAUGCAUGAUAUUCAAAAGCCGAGAGAAGAGGAAAAAGAAGAAGAAGAAAAUGAUGAUGAUGAUGAUGAUAAAGACACACAAAACAAAGCUCGUUUCACUAAAGAGGGUCCAGUGGAUCGUGAAGAAACGUCUGACGAAGGGUGUGCUGUUGAUGUUGAGUCACAAGAACAAGUACAGUCGAAUAGCCAUAAAACGAAUUGGAAAACCAAAACUGAUCAGCCUAAGCCUGCUAUGAAUAAGCAAGCAGUCAGAGAAAUCCGCCAUUCAGAUGGUCGAAUGGAAUUGUGGUAUCCAAAUGGUAACGUGAAGAAAGUUUUUCCGGAUAAGGGUCUUACAAAGAUGAUCUAUUACAAUGGUGACGUGCGUGAGACUAACCAGGAUGGAGUUGUGAAAUAUUUUUACGCUGUUUCUAGAACGUGGCAUACAACGAUGCCGGAUGGUCUUGAGAUUUUAGAGUUUCCCGAUGGUCAAGUGGAACGAAAAUCAAAGGACGGCACCCUUGAGAUCACCUUUGCGGACGGUUCAGUCAGGAUUGUUCAAGCAGAUGGUACAGACAAAUGGGCCAUGAAAGAUGGAACUAUUGCCGAGACUACAGCGGAUGGUGAUAGGAUUCUUACAUUACCGAAUGGGCAGAGAGAAAUCCAUACAAAAGACCAUAAGAGACGAGAGUAUCCUGAUGGCACUGUGAAACUCUUGUAUGCCGACGGCACUCAGGAAACACGAUACGCUAGUGGCCGAAUCCGAUUGAAAGAUAAAGAUGGUAAUCUCCUAAUGGAUACUCACCAGUAACGUUGCUCAUAGUAUUUUAAAUAACAGUAAGAUAUUAAGACUGAUAGUAUUAACUGAGCUGUACGUUUUAAUGUUUCUUUUUGAACCAUUUUUCACGCGAAAAAAACUUUCUUAACUGUAACACAAUGAUGUCAAUGUGUCAAGUAGAGUAAUUUUAUAAUUUUUGUACGAAACCGUGAAAUGAAAGGCAUUAUUUAACUAAGAUUAGCCGUCUAAUUAUUUUA